AUGGCAAAUCCGAAAUGCAUCUUUGAGUUUCCUCAAAAACAAGCGAGGUCAUCCCGAGAUGAUGGCGGUAUUGAGACGUCCCCGGGAAUAAACAACGAUAGACAGGUGCGCAAAAUACAGGAUAACUUCAGUGCUGAUGUACUUGAAAAGUUGGACAAUGUUAUAUCUAAGGCCUGUAAGUCUGUGAGUAAUAGUAAUGUGGGAAAGUCCACCAGCGCACCACCUAGGAAGACUAAAAAGGAUAGAAAAAACAGCAAAGACUUCACCGAGGAACUUGAUACUUUGGAAAAAACUUCACCACUCGGGACAAAAGUGAAUGUGAAUUUCAAAAUCAGUUUAUUAGACUGUAGUGUGAUUUCAAACCCGAGAGUAUCAGAACAACGCAAUGCGAUUAAACCGGAUGUGAUUCCAUCAUCAAAUGACCCCUGGGUCAGACGUUCCAGUGUUCCAUGUAUAUCUGAGCAUCAUCGAGUACAUUCGUACCUAUAUGGCCCCCCUAUGACCAAUCCUAAUUUUAUGUGUUCAAGCGAAAAUGACAUCAGCUCACAGUUGUCUGAUAAAUACCCCGAAAAACGGAGACAUUCAACCCCCUUCAAGUUGCAACCGAUCAUUUUGGAUCCAAAGAGCUUGCUUCCGCUUUUUAAAAGAAAGGUUGGUAUUGAUAACUUCAGUUUAAAUGAUGCUGAUGAAGAUAGAAAGUCUUGUGAUGAUGAUGUUGAUAAUGUUGAAAAUCUCUCCGAAGCAGCUGUAGUGUCUCUCGAGGGUGUUACGAUCGAGUCGGAGACGACGGACGAAAAUGAAAGUACGAUCUCGUCAAAGGGCAGUUUUAAAUCAACAGUAUCAACUGUUCCAGUCAAAAAGAAACAGAAUUCCCGCAAGCUAUCCAGUCAAUGUUUGGUUGUUUUCUGUGCCUUCUGGGUGUGUUUCUUCUCACUGGGAAUACCGUUCUCUAUCGGUACAUUCCUACCAAUAUGGCUGGAAGAGUUUCAAGAGGGGCGAGCCAGGACGGCCCUGAUUCAGUCUGUACAUGUCGGCAUUAUGUUUGGUGUUGGAACCAUCACAGGGGUAGUUAUAGAUAAGUGUGGUAUCCGGUUUACGGUGAUUGUGGGUUCGAUCUUAUCGUGUGUCGGAUUUAUUGGGGCUGUGUUCGCUCCUAAUACUACAGUGUUGGUAAUAAGCAUCGGUUUAGUAUCCGGUGCCGGUCUAUGCUGUGUCUAUCUAGCAAGUGUAGUAGCAGUAUCCGCCAUCUGCUCUAAAUCUGCCAGCAUCGCCCUGGGGGCCAUUAUCGCUGGAGGUGGCUUGGGACAGAGUCUGUUUCCUUACUUUAAUGACUAUAUACAAGACGUUUAUGGAUGGAGGGGAGCAUUUUAUGUGAUCGCCGGUCUCUCCCUCCAACCAAUUGUCUUUGGGUAUCUUAUGACCGUGUUCAUCGAUAGGGCGAAGUCCGGAAAACCUGAGGCGAAGAAACAAACGUCACAGUUGAGUCUGAAGACGAAGCUAAAAAAGAUUGUGUGCUACAGAUACGUCUUGACGUGCCUCGCAGCUUUCAUAGGAUUCGCUUCCACGAAUGGAUUCUUUUUUAUUGUUCUAGACUUCGCGGCCAAUAAACAUGGCGAUGGUGUGUUCUUUAUUUUUCUGAUAACAAUCAUUAGUACGGUGUUUAACAUCGGCUUUGGAUUGAUAAACAUGCUGCCGUUUGUGAGCAGCUCAUUCUUGCUGGCUUUAUCUGUGAUCGUGUCGGGCGUUAGCCUUGUUCUUCUGAGUGUAGUGACGACUUACAUUGGAACUGUGAUCCUUAUAGUGGUGUUCGGUAUUAUGUAUGGAGGCAAGAUUGGUAUAGCGGGUGUCGUUAUUUUGGACCUGGUUGGACGAGAAGCCUACUCGCUGGCUAUGGGUAUCAGUAUUACAGUUAAUGGUAUAGCUAGCUCUCUUGGUGGUGUUAUAUUUGGUCUGCUGUUUGAUUUGACGGAAUCGUACGACACUCCGCUACUCGUUAUGGGUUCCCUAGCCUGCUUUAUUGGAACAUUUCCCUUAUUUGGACUGAUCGCAGACAAGAAAUGCAGGAAACGGGUUCCAGAUGAAAAAGUUCCCAACCCUGAACCAUAGACAAUAAAAGAAUAAACUGAAAACGCAUUCAUUUUGAUCACUUCCAUUAUUUUAAAAGGUUUUGGAAAUAAACUUUUUACAUACUGCUCA